GCCUCGGGUCGGGUCGUCAUGGCGACGGGCCACGCUAACACCUGGUGGCUGAGGGAGGCCCACUUGCUGAACUGCAAGGCGCGAUGGCGCAGAACUUGUAUGGUCCGGGAGUCCGGAUAGGCAACUGGAACGAGGACGUCUACCUGGAGGAGGAGCUUAUGAAAGACUUCUUAGAGAAGAGAGACAAGGGGAAACUUCUCAUACAGAGACGUAGAAGACUAAAACAGAAUCUUUUGAGACCGAUGCAACUUUCCAUGACUGAAGAUGGUUAUAUUCAUUAUGGUGACAAGGUGAUGCUUGUGAAUCCUGAUGAUCCUGACACGGAAGCUGAUGUGUUUCUGGGUGGGGACCUGAGCCUGUGUAUGACUCCAGAUGAAAUUCAGUCCCAUCUGAGAGAUGAAUUAGAGGUACCCUGUGGCCUGAGCGCAGUUCAAGCUAAGACCCCAAUUGGCAGAAACACUUUUAUCAUUUUGAGCGUACACAGAGAUGCCACUGGUCAAGUCCUUAGAUAUGGGCAGGACUUUUGCCUGGGGAUAACAGGAGGAUUUGACAACAAAAUGUUGUAUUUAUCAAGUGACCACAGGACCCUCCUAAAAUCGUCUAAGAGGUCUUGGCUCCAGGAAGUGUACCUAACAGAUGAGGUCUCCCAUAUGAACUGCUGGCAGGCUGCCAUCCCUGACCCCCAGUUACGCCUGGAAUAUGAAGGCUUCCCCGUCCCGGCAAAUGCUAAAAUUCUCAUCAAUCACUGUCACACAAAUCGGGGACUGGCAGCCCACCGGCAUCUUUUCUUAAGCACCUAUUUUGGAAAGGAGGCUGAGGUUGUAGCUCACACAUACCUGGAUUCACACAGAGUUGAAAAACCAAGGAACCACUGGAUGUUGGUUACUGGGAAUCCCAGGGAUGCCUCUUCCACCAUGUUGGAUCUGCCCAAACCGCCCGCAGAGGACACUCGAGCCAUGGAGCAGGCCAUGGGCCUUGACACGCAGUAACGCGCCAAGCACGUGCAUGUUUUCCCUGGUCCCGCUCUCAUCAAUGUAGCUUUAAAAGAAAUUAACAAACUUGGUCAUGCCUCAAGCUAUUUUUGAAUCAGAUGUGGAACUCUCUGAGCACUAUAUUAAAACAAAGAUUACAUUAAGAUUAUUGAAUUUGUGGUGACAGUCUAGGGCUGAAAAAAACAGCUCUGGAGAAUAAAUAGUAUUGGAAAGUGACAAACAAUGGCCCUUUGUUGACAAACAAAUUCUGAAGAACUCAGCUUCCUCUACUUAUAUCCUUCAUUGUCUACAAGGACAAUGCAUUACUUUUCAAAGUUAUGUCUAUGUAAUUAAGCUGUAGGAACUAUACUGAAUUUUUAGUACCACAUUUUCCCUCUUAAAUGUACUAAAACACAAAAAACUGACAGCUGUGAGCUGUGGCCUUACCUUGGAAUUAAACAUUUAUAUCUUUGUAAAACAUCCUAUUUUUGUUUCUACCUUUGGCUUUCGAGGUCAGGACCUCUACCUGAUCAGUAACCUAUUAUUUUGUAAUGAUUUUUAAACUACAAAAUCUCUGCCUUGUCUUUGAAACUGGCACAUUAGUUGUGACACCCAUGUGAUUAGAUAAUUCCUGACAAAGUAAAUGUAUGUCCUUCCA